AUGCCCCGGCCGGGCCGCAGGGGGCGCAGCGCGGCUCCGCGCUCCGCGCUCGGCCCCUCCUGCCGCCGCCGUGGGCGGCCCCAGGCGGGGGCCUCGGCCGAGCGGGGCGAGACAAAUAUGCUGGACUUUGUGUUUGCUGUUGAUGAUGCUGUGACCUGGCAUAUGACGAACUUGUUAAAGAACAGGAGUCAUUAUUCCUUCCUUAAAUUUUUUGGGCCCAAAAAGAUAAGUACCAUACAGAAAUAUGGAGCAGGAAUUUACUACAACACCUUAGUGCCAUGCAAUGACAGGAUGAUAAAAUAUGGAGUAAUUAGCACUGAUGCCCUGAUUGAGGAUUUGUUUCACUGGAAAACUCUCUAUGUGGCUGGGCGCCUACAAAAGCCGGUGAAAAUCCUGGCCCAGAAUGAGAACAGCAGGCUGCAAGCUGCUCUUGUCAGCAACCUGAAGAGUGCAGUGACAGCAGCCUUCCUCAUGCUGCCAGAGAGCUUCUCUGAAGAGGAGCUUUACAUGCAGAUUGCAGGACUCUCCUACUCAGGUGAUUUCAGAAUGAUAAUAGGAGAGGACAAAUCCAAAGUGCAGAACAUAGUGAAGCCCAACGUUGCCCAUUUCCAGAAGCUGUACAGUACCAUACUCCAGGACUGCCCUCAAGUGGUGUACAAGCACCAUCUGGGGAGGCUCGAGAUUGAUAAAAGUCCAGAAGGUCAAUUUACACAACUUAUGGCUUUGCCAAAGACCCUGCAACAAAAGAUAACUGCUCUGGUAAGCCCUCCUGGAAAGAACAGAGAUGUGGAAGAAAUUUUACUGCAAGUUGCCCAUGACCCUGACUGUGGAUUUGUGGUGCAUCAAGGCAUCUCAGGAAUUGUGAGACCCUCCAGUAUAGUGCAGAGUGCUAAAACCAUCCUGACAGCUGGGGCAAAGAAAUCUAUAACUUACAGUUUGAAGAAAUUAUAUAAGAUGACAAAGGGAGGGUUAAAGAAGACAUCUUGAGUCUUUACAUACUGUGUAUGGGUAAAUAAAUGGUACUUUUUCAUUAAA